UUAUGUAACAAUCAGAAAUAAAUGUAACUCCCUAUAUUUUGGUGUGAACAAGGAUGUCCAAAUCAGCAGUUAGCUAGUGUACAAUUUCUCUUGAAUUCUGGACUAGGGGAUUAUAGCACAACAAUAAUGAACAAUAAAUUGCUUUCACCUUUCAAGAAAGCGCGUUGAGGUGAUAAUUUGCUUAGAGGAUUUGGUGAGAUUGGAUAUGGAAGAACGGUACGAGACAUUGAAGGAGCUUGGUUCGGGGAACUUUGGAGUGGCAAGGUUGGCCAAAGACAAGAAGACAGGGGACCUUGUUGCUAUCAAAUACAUAGAAAGGGGAAAAAAGAUUGAUGCGAAUGUUGAAAGGGAGAUAGUUAACCACCGAUCUCUAAGGCAUCCAAACAUUAUCAGGUUCAAAGAGGUAUUUCUGACCCCUACUCAUUUAGCUAUUGUCCUGGAGUAUGCUGCUGGUGGUGAACUCUUCGAGAGGAUAUGCAAUGCUGGUCGAUUGAGUGAAGACGAGGCAAGAUUUUUCUUCCAGCAACUAAUAUCUGGAGUUAGCUAUUGUCAUUCCAUGCAAAUAUGUCAUAGAGAUCUGAAAUUGGAAAACACUCUAUUGGAUGGAAAUCCAGCUCCACGACUUAAAAUUUGUGACUUUGGAUUCUCCAAGUCUGCUUUGCUGCACUCUCAACCUAAAUCAACAGUUGGAACUCCUGCAUACAUUGCUCCAGAAGUUUUGUCACGAAAGGAAUAUGAUGGAAAGAUUGCAGAUGUUUGGUCGUGUGGUGUGACUCUUUACGUCAUGUUGGUUGGAGCAUACCCAUUUGAAGAUCCAGAAGAUCCUAAAAACUUCAGAAAGAGUAUUGGGAGAAUUAUGAGUGUUCAAUACUCCAUACCUGACUACGUACGUGUUUCUAAGGAGUGUCGACAUCUUAUCUCAAGUAUUUUUGUUGCCAAUCCUGCCAAGAGGAUCAGCAUCUCGGAGAUAAAACAGCACCUUUGGUUUAGGAAGAACUUGCCGAGGGAGAUAAUUGAGGGUGAAAGAAGGGGCUACGUGGAGAUACAAAAGGACCAACCAAGCCAAAGUGUGGAAGAAAUCACGCAGAUUGUACAAGAAGCCAGGACAAAAAUCCAAACUAGUGAACAAGCUGGCAUAGAAUCGUCCAAUGCUGUGCAUGGUGGUGAUGAGGCUAAUGAGGAAGUUGAUGUUAAUGGCCACCAUGCCAAAUAUCCAGCAGGCCUUCAUUAAUUUGUGUUUGGGUAGAUUCCCUAUUUUGUUUACCAAAGCUAGUAUGCAUUCUUCGUGUGUGUGUGGGGGGGUAUAGAGUUGAAUGAAACAUGGAAUUUGAAAGUUGAGUUGGGCUAUUUAGCAAGUUUGUGAUUGUGAUUAGACUGUCAAGACAUAUAAAAUGAGUAUUUUUGUUUUAA